AUGUUCUACUUUCGUUUUUUUUACGCCUUGUGUGUGUUUUUGUCGUUUGUUCCUGCGUCGCGAGCAGCAGUAACGAUUAGUACCAUUACCACGAUUCAGAAUGGCGUUACCAACUAUAUUGAGACUACUUUGGAUGGUACUGCAAAAGCUACUGCAGUGGGUAAGACUGUCACCAGAACGAAUGCCAACGGUGCUGUCGUCACAACGGUUGUGACGAGCUCAGCCACUGGUACUGGUACUGGUACUACUGGUACUGGUGCUACUGGUACUGUUACUACUGGUACUACUGGUACUGGUACAACUGGUACUGGUACUACAGGUACUGGUACUACAGGUACUGGUACUACAGGUACUGGUACUACAACCACUGGCACUGGUACGGCUACCACCACUGGCACAACCGCUGGAACAGCCACCACUUCUGCGGUCGCAACAACCUCCUCUGCUACCACCACAGUUUCUCAAGAGGCAGGCACGAGGCCAGACCCAAGCACAGACAGAACUCCUCUACCGGCCUCAGCCGUAACUACUCUGUCAAUCGAAUCUUUCAUCACUCUAACGGAAGGAUCAACCACUUACACCACUACCAGGGCUCCUACCUGGGUGUGGGUCACUUAUACAACAGCUGGCCGCACUAUCACAUCCUCUACCACGUUUGUGCAACGGUACACUUCCACAUACUCGGUGAUUGCUGAGCCUUCGUCGGGAUCAAUCGGCAUGGGCUCUCUGACAGGCGAUGUAGGUCAGGUGAAGUCCGCAGGAGUGGUGACUGUCUCAAACGGUGCUGCCGAUAUGGCGGCCACCGUUCCUUUAGUUGGCGGUGUGUUGGCCUUGAUUUCAUGGCUGCUAUGA